UAGUGUAGACAUACCCUCAGUGACUCCGUGAUUAGCCGAGUGCUGCGUGUUCCCUGUGGAGGCAGUACAUGUGUGAAUCGGUUCAUGUCCCACACAUGGUAUUUCUUUGGGAGAAACCGGGAAUGUGCCUGUCGAAGGAAUGUGUAUAAUGAAACUGGGCUUCUAUAGACCUUGGUGCCUUGGGAUCUAAGCCCUUGACAAGUAUUUGCAAAGCCAUACAAGACUCCGCAAGGUAGGUUAGCAUCAUCCCCUUCAUAACAAGUAGGGAAAUGGAAGGUCAGAAAGCGUAAGACCACGUAGUCAGGAAAAAGAACCCAGGAGGGCUGAAUCUCAGUCCCUUGAAUAGAAUUGGGGCACAGCAGGGAAUAGCUUUCGUCAUAGUCUCUGUUUUUUUUCCUUGUUGGCCAACGAGCACUAUUGCCCAUAUGGUACCAUUAAGGCCAAGAGUCGUCUUUGGAGGUGGUCCCCUCAAUAGCCUGGAAAAAAAAAAAAGCUAAGGAUUAAGCUGCACGAAGAUACCCUCAUCCCUAAGUCUUCAGAUCUUCGGGAGGGGGAAGAGUGGGCGGGAAAGUGCGAGAGAAACAAUGGCUGUGUUUUGCUGGCUGCCAGCGUUUAUAAUGAUGAUUGUGAUGAUGAUGAAUAGCUGAAGGAAUGCUGCGAGGGUUGUAGCCACUGAUCUCCUGAUGCUCAUCAGCAGAAUUUCAGUGCUCAGAUGUUUUUAGUUCUGCGGUGUUUCCCACCCUGCUCCAAGCAGUUAAGUAGCGCUGCAGCCAAGACCCAGCAUGGUGGCUUACAGCUGCACAGCUUCCUAAGCACACUCCCGCCCUUUAUUUUUUGGGUGGACUGAAAGCUGAGCAGUGGGAGGGAGAGAGCAGCAGAUGUCGUCAUGUGAUAUACAUUGUUUAUCUUUUAUUUAUUACUGCUAUGUCUAGGGGGCAGGUUUCUGAGCUCUGCUCACAAGCCAUGGAGCAUGGUGCAUGCUAGUCACAAGCAGGAGGAAAGGAAAUGAAGUUCCACAGCACGUUUUUCCAGCCUUCCAUGCUCCUUUGCCAAUUGACAUGCGUCACCAGGAAGGAAGAUACCAUUACGAACCCCACUCCAUCCAUGCGAUUCAUGGGCCUCCUGCCCUCAGUGGCAGCCCCGUUCUCUCCGAUAUCUCCCUUAUUCGCCUUUCUCCUCACCCAGCAGGACCUGGUGAAUCCCCUUUCAACCCCCCGCACCCAUACAUGAGCCCCCACAUGGAACAUUACCUCCGCUCCGUGCACAGCAGUCCCACUCUCUCCAUGAUCUCGGCCGCCAGAGGCCUUAGCCCUGCGGAUGUGGCUCACGAGCAUCUAAAGGAGAGAGGCCUCUUUGGUUUGCCCCCUCCCCCUCCAGGAGCCAACCCUGCCGACUACUAUCAUCAGAUGACGCUUAUGGCCAGCCAUCCGAAUCCUUACGGGGACCUCCUGAUGCAGAGUGGGGGAGCAGCCAGCGCGGCGCAUCUUCAUGAUUACCUCAGCCCGGUCGAUGUGUCAAGAUUUUCAAGCCCCAGGGUGACGCCGAGAUUAAGCAGAAAGCGAGCCCUCUCCAUAUCCCCGCUGUCUGAUGCUAGCAUUGAUCUCCAGACAAUGAUCCGGACCUCCCCUAACUCCCUGGUGGCUUAUAUUAAUAACUCCAGAAGUAGUUCUGCUGCUAGUGGCUCUUAUGGCCAUUUAUCUGCAGGGGCAAUAAGUCCAGCGUUCAGCUUCCCCCAUCCCCUUAACCCAGUGACUUACCAGCAGAUCCUGAGCCAGCAAAGAGGGUUGAGCUCCGCAUUUGGACACACGCCUCCGUUGAUUCAGCCAUCGCCCACAUUCCCGCCACGACCACACAUGGCGGUUAUCUCUGUCAACCCCGCGCCUGUUCAAAUCAGUAACAACAACACUUGCAUCUCAGACUCAAAUCAGAACAAGCAGAGCAGCGAGUCAGCUGUGAGCAGCACCGUCAAUCCAGUCAUUCACAAGCGCAGCAAAGUCAAGACUGAAGUUGAGGGUAUGCCACCAGCUUCCCCAGCCACACAGGAGCAUCUGACAGACCUGAAAGAGGAUUUGGAUAAGGAUGAAUGUAAGCAGGAGCCUGAAGUUAUUUACGAGACGAAUUGUCACUGGGAAGGGUGCAGCAAGGAAUAUGACACUCAGGAGCAGCUGGUCCACCAUAUCAAUAAUGAUCACAUCCACGGGGAGAAGAAGGAAUUUGUCUGCCGCUGGCAGGACUGCACUCGGGAGCAGAAGCCGUUCAAGGCCCAGUACAUGCUGGUGGUGCACAUGCGGAGACACACGGGAGAAAAGCCACACAAGUGCACGUUUGAGGGUUGCGCCAAAGCCUAUUCCCGACUGGAGAACUUAAAGACUCAUCUGAGAUCUCACACUGGAGAAAAGCCGUACGUCUGUGAACACGAGGGCUGCAAUAAAGCCUUUUCCAAUGCUUCAGACCGAGCAAAGCACCAGAACAGGACGCAUUCCAAUGAGAAACCCUACGUCUGUAAAAUCCCAGGCUGCACAAAGAGGUACACGGACCCCAGUUCUCUCAGGAAACACGUCAAGACUGUGCACGGGCCAGACGCCCAUGUCACAAAGAAGCAGCGUAACGACGUCCAUCCCAGGCCACCUCCCCUGAAGGAAAAUGGGGACAACGAAGCAAGUGCCAAGCAGAGCAGCAAGGUAUCAGACGAGAGUGCUGAGGCUAAUAGCACCACCCGAGGCAUGGAGGACUGCUUACAAGUCAAAACAAUAAAGACCGAGAAUUCUAUGAUGUGUCAGUCCAGUCCUGGUGGCCAGUCAUCCUGCAGCAGUGAACCAUCACCGCUUGGUAGCACCACCAACAAUGACAGUGGAGUAGAAAUGAACAUGCACAGCGGGGGAAGCCUGGGAGACCUGACCGCGCUGGAUGACAGUGCUCCUGUGGUGGACUCGACAGUCUCAUCGGGCAAUUCAGCAGUCAGCCUUCAGCUACGGAAACACAUGACGACGAUGCAGCGGCUCGAACAGCUCAAGAAAGAGAAACUCAAGACGGUUAAGGAUUCCUGCUCAUGGGUGAGCCCAGCUCCACAAGUCAGAAACACCAAGCUACCUCCCAUCCCAGGAAACGGCUCUAUGCUAGAAAAUAUUGGUGUUUCCUCUGCUGCACUGCCUAAUCCUAGAAUAACGGAGCUGUCUGUAAACGAGAUCACGAUGCUGAAUCAGCUCAAUGAACGCCGUGACAGUACGACAAGCACCAUCAGCUCGGCCUACACGGUCAGUCGCAGAUCAUCGGGGAUUUCCCCUUACUUCUCUAGUCGCCGUUCCAGUGAAGCUUCGCAGUUCGGGAAUCGCCCUAACAACACGAGCUCUGCCGACUCCUAUGACCCGAUUUCUACCGACGCCUCACGCAGGUCAAGCGAAGCCAGCCAGUGUAGCGGGAUACCAGGCCUGCUCAACCUCACGCCAGCCCAGCACUACCGGCUGAAAGCCAAGUAUGCUGCUGCCACGGGGGGCCCUCCUCCCACACCGCUCCCAAACUUGGAAAGAAUGAGUCUGAAGAACAAGAUCUCUCUGCUCGAUGGGCCGGAUCCUGCUUUGCCUUCAUUUCGCCUCCCUCCUGGGCCAAGGCGCUGUAGUGAUGGCAGCACUUAUGGGUACGCAGCAGCCCCGGCUUUUCCCCAAGAGGUGCCCGGCCACAAUGCGAGACGCGCGAGUGAUCCUGUGAGGAGACCUGCCGCAGAUCCCCUGUCCCUCCCUAGAGUUCUUCGCUUCAACAGCACCAACAACAUGAACCCCCUCAACCCACCACCACAUCCUGUGGACAGAAGGAACUGCAGCCUUUCGAGCUACACCCGCUCUGAUGGGAGCCUGGCCAGGCACGGCUAUUCCCCUCGACCUCUGAGCAUUAGUGAAAAUAUUGCCAUGGAAACCAUGUCAGGUGAGGCUGAGGGCUCCAUUGGAGAGGAUGACAUUAUGCUGCCAGAUGAUGUAGUGCAAUAUAUCAACUCUCAGAACAACGGGACAGCUGUGGAAAACACGUCCAUGGGAUACAGUCAUGAAAUGCCGAAUUUCCAAGGCAGUGGGAAACUGCAACCUCAGAACUUGCCUAGCCAGCGCAGAAUGGUCGGACCCGACACAAGCGUGAGCCAUUUGGGUCCAGGGUUAGCAGACUGCCACAUGAGCUUUGGUGCUCCCUCGAACGUGAACAAAAACCACAUGCCCGUGCAAUGGAACGAGGUUAGCUCAGGUACCGUUGAUGUAAUGCCUAACCAAGUGAAGCAAUCAUUUUCUCCCGGAAACUUAGCGGUGGUCCAGCAGAAGCAGAACUUUGGUCCGUAUCCGAACUUUAACCAGCCACAAAUGCAGAUGAGUUCAAAUGAUGUGAACGUAACGCAGCAGAAUUUUAUGCAACGAAAUGUGAGCAUGGAUGGACAAAGGCUAAACUGUAUGCAGCUGAGGCAGCAGCAGAUGAAUCCAGGCCCAAAUAUGAGCUCAGAUGUGAGCCUGCACCAAGGGUAUAAUCAGGCUCAUCAAAUGCUGAGCCCAAAUUUAAUCAGUGGAGAUCCAAACCAGCUAUCCCCUUCUUGUAGCAACAUAGCAGUAAAGUCUGGCCCACACGUUCAUCCUCCGCAAAUGGACAUGGCGAUGGAUCCCUCUUUAAUGGUCAAUAGUAAUAGACUGACUCAGGCCAUGCACGAGCAAGGUCAGCAGACCUAUUCAUCUCAGACAAAUCCCAUGGGUUUCCCCAUGACUCAGCAGGGGUUCUAUCAGACCCCUUCUUUAAUGACCUCAAAUCAGCCAAACUUUGAGCCCCAACAGAGCGUAAUGGGUUCAGCUGGCCAGACCUACCCUCCUGGAAUGGUACAGCCUCAUCCUCCAUCUGACCCUAGUCCCAUCAACAGGCAUCGAGGGCUACGCAACAUGCAGCCGCUAGGUUACAUGAGAACUCCCCACCCUGCUAACACCGUGAGGCCUGGCCCAGAAACAGAAGAGGUCGCUCCGAAAAGAACCAACAAUCCGGUGUCAAUGCAGCCUCUGCAAUGUGCAAACAGUGUUAGGGAAAACAGUUUGUACUAUUAUGGUCAAAUCCACAUGUAUGAACAAAAUGGCAGCUUUGACGACCAUGGGGACUGUAGCGUCGGACAGCAGCAGUGUGCCUUGAAUAUCAAGCCAGCUGCCAUGCCUUCUCCUGGCGCUAACCAGGUGUCAAGCACAGUGGACUCACAAGGUCUGGAACCUGCUCAGAUAGACUUUGAUGCCAUCAUGGAUGAUGGAGACCAUUCGAGCCUGAUGUCAGGAACCCUCAGCCCUAGCAUUCUACAGAAUCUCUCCCAGAACUCCUCUCGCCUUACAACUCCACGGAACUCUCUGACACUGCCGUCCAUACCAGCGGGGAUAAGCAACAUGGCGAUCGGCAACAUGAGCUCCAUGCUCACCACCCUGGCCGAAGAGAGUAAAUUUCUUAACCUGAUGUCCUAAGGAUAGAGCCCGACGGUUUAUCCGGGGACUCUACACAAAGCAGUUUUAUGAAUGUGCUUUUUAAAAAUAAUCCGUUUCUCUAGAGUAGCAUUUUUGACAAGUAUAAAAUACAUUAAAGGGAUUGAAAGUAAAAAAUGUCUCUGUACAGACGUAUGUAAACUAUCUGAAAGCUCUUUAGCGCUGAAAGAGUGCAACCUCUAGUAUUAUUUUUUUCUUGUUUUUUCAGGGGUCUGAGCAAUGUCCUCACCAAAUAAGACUAUUGCAUAAGAAUGAGUACAAAGGAAAUCCUUCCCUGUAAAUAGCCCAUGUUGGUCACCUCCUUUUGUUUUCUUUAAGUUACGUCUGCAAAAAUCCCAUGUCUCAACUUAGGCCAGAAAGAACCGGAGGGGUGUCUUUUUGAUCUGAAUAAAAGCCAUACUGCGUAUUCUUCUCCAAUGAGAUAAGCAUUCAGUUGCAUCACCCCAAAAGACCACUCCCAGCAAUAUUAUUUUCAAUCAUUCUUUGUAUCUUGCGGCUUCGUGGAAAAGCAUUCGUUCCAAACAGCUUCUCCAAAAAGUGCCUUUCUAUGCUUUAGUGUUGAGUAGUCAAGGCAUCUCUUCCAUAAAAAUCCAAUCCAGUGUCUAUAAAAUCAAAAGAAAUAUACUUUUAUCAAGCAUAAGAGUGUUGGGAAAACAUCAGAAAGACACAUUGAUGGGACACGUGAAAGAUUAAUGCCCCCUUUUGUCAGAUGGGUUUACAAUAUAGUUUUAUCAUGGGUAGGUUAGCAGAGUCCUGAAAAUACCUUUUCUCUGAAAGCCUCUCUCAUGGCAAGAAGGCCCCGAUCCUGCAAAGGUUUAUGCACAUGCUUAAUUUUGCAUCCUGUCAGUAGUGACUUCAGUAGAGUAGUGACUUUCAUCUAGGGCCUCAAACGAUGUGUGUAAAUCAGGGGGUUGUGCGGGAAUUCAUUCGGGGAAGCCUACGGUCUGUGUUGUACCUGUCGUAUGAUUAGAUGAUAUCAGUGGCCCAUUCUGGUGUCAAAAACUAUGAAUAUAUGAAAAUUGCUAAUAGGCUUCACAGUGGCUCAGCUCUAAUUUUUUCCUCACCAAGAUGAUGGGGGGUAGAUAAUUAUUUAGCUUAGGACUCGUCUACACAAAUGAUUAGGUUAUGGCAAGGUAAGGUGUGACUCUGCCUUGUUCUAGCCUGCCUCAGAUUAACUGUCCACUAACUGAUGCACAUUCACAGUUCUCACACUUUGGCCUUGUCCUCUUUGAAACAGGACCCGAUCCAGGUUCACCAACAAACCGUAAAUGCACAUCCGCAGGGUCUGCCUCGCAGGCUGAUUCCCACUCCAGCUUACCACAAACUAAAUGUUUAAGGAGACAAGCCCGGAGUCAAAUAUCUGGCAUUUGUAGCAGGGCAUCAGAGCUGUGGGUAAAAGCCUCUCUGACGUUUACCCAUGUAGGUGGAUAGGAAAAAUCUCACCACAAGCAAAUCUUCCACAAACUAUAUAGGCUGGUGAACAGUUAUUGCAAUUUUAGGGCCUUAUCUUGAAGUCAGUGGAAAGACUCGUGUGGCAUUUAUUAUUGUUGUUAGACCAAAGGGGAAACACGGUGAAGACAGACCUCCCUGAAAACUGCCACAUCUCAAAAAGACAAUUCUCCUCCCGGGAGGGUAGCGUUCAGUCUAUCCUGGGGAAAGGCACAUGUGGGAAAUUCCAUCUCGAGUCCAAACACCAACCAAACGUGCAUGGCAUCUUGUUAGCAAGACUCUGCCCUUCCCGCUCAUUCAUUGCCAGAUUCUUCACUGAGGCUGUGUCCAGACUCAGGGGUUUUUUCGGAAAAAGUAGCCUUUUUCCGAAAAAACUUCACCUGCGUCUAGACUGCAGCCGCGUU